AUGGAAACAGGCAUGGGCUCGAGCAGCAGCAAGAGCAGUCUGUUGGAACUACUGGCAAUAGGGGAGAGUUCCCAGCCAGAACCUGAAGUCAAAAAAGAAGAAAAGCCAGCAAAACCAGUGAUUUUAGAAGUCAAAAAGGUGAAAGAUGCUAAAGUAGUCCUUCAUCCUGAUGCUGAAAGCAAAAAAGUCGAGGCCAAACUACCAAUGACAGUAGUGAAACCUCAUGAACACAAGGAUGAAUCUAUUAAACAAGAAAAAGCUGUUUCCCAUGCCAAACCAGAGGAAAAAAUCAAACAAGAAAAGACAGUUCCCACUGAAAAAUCUGUCAAGUCAAAACCAGCAAAGCACGAAGCUGUCAGACAUGAAAAAGAAGUUCCACAAACAAAAUCAGCUAGAUCAAAAGUAACUGCAAAACCAGCAUCUGAAAUGACAGUAGCAGCCAAGAAAAAAACAGAAAAGGCUGCAAAGGAAAGAGAAGAAAAAAUAGAGAAGAAACAUCCCAAAGAGGGAAAAGCCAAAGCAAUGCCAACAGUAAAAGAAAUUCUAAGACAGCACAACCUGACAACAGAGAAGAUUUCUAAAGCUGCAAAAACAGCAAAAGAAUAUGCAGAAAUAAUUUCCUUUAAAAAAGACAAAGCUCCAGUCCGCUUCUUCCAAUGUGUCUUCCUCGAUGGAUACAAUGGAUAUGGAUUACAAUUCCCCAUUACUCCAGCUCCCAGCCAUGAAAAGAGUCCUGGUCAUCCAAAGACUUCAGGGCGGAAGUCAAAGACACCAGGACAGUAGAGAGACAUGUGACCUAUGUAUUUUUGAGACUUCGCACUUUAUCCCUUCUACUGAGGUCCACAGUAACUACAGUGGUACUUGUUACUGUAGAAAUGUGAUCCAGCAUAUCUCAGGCACCUGGAAACAUUUUUUACUGUUGUCUGGUGCUGAGGGAAAAGAAGUGGUGGAUGAACACUAUUCAUCCAAACAAUACUAAUAUUGUUCUUGAGGGAAGGCUGUGGUGUUGAAAUAGUGUUUGUCAGAUUGUGCAGUUUGUUUGUGCAUGUGCAUUUUCCUGCCUCUUCUGCUCUUCUUAUUUUCCCCCUACCUGUUCUGAAUUCAAGUACAUCUAUUUUCCAUGUAGUAAUUUUUAAAGAGCAAAAAAUAUAAAUGCAAGGCUUAUUUCAGUAAGAUUUUUGCAAGAUUACCUGGAAUCCUAAAUCAUAUCCUGUCAAUGUUCAAUCAGAUCUCUGACAUGGAAAAAGCCUCAGUAAAUCUGAAAUAUGUGCUCCAUGACUGGUGCUAUUUUUAUGCAUAGUUGACCAGUUUAGAAUGAAGCUCACAUCUUACCUUUAAGCUGCUCAGUAUACCAUAGUAAGGUUCACGAUCCAAACUGUUAAUGAUCAGUAUUUACAUUUAAGUUGAAGGCAAGCAAUAAAAACUUGCUAUAUUUUUCCCUUAUGUGUACGUAAAAUCAUAACACCUCACUUUCCUUCUCAUUUUGAGAUCUGGGGAAGUGAGCCAAGGUGGUGCUGUCAAAGGAGAGGUGAAGCAAGGAGGUAAACUGUAAAGAUCUCAUGAGUGGGAAGGAAAUUCUUUUACUUCCUCUGUCUCUUCUUGGACAGUUAUUAUCAAUUCAGCACAGACUGCAGAUAGAUCAUGCUGGCCAAUCAUUUGUUAGAAAAAGUUAGACAGGAAGCUAUAUUAUCAGACACUACUUGUGAAACAAAAUCAAAUUUUCAAGUAAAAAUGCCAACAUAAUAUAAUCUUGGAGUAAUCAACAAAAACAGGGCACGUGCAAGAAAUCUUGAUGGUUAAUUUUACUAGAUGAGCUGGAAGGCCUUAUAAGUUAAUUGCUAGGCCUCCAUCAAAGUGCACUGUAUUGUCAAUUACUUUUAGGAUGCGUGCUGCAAGUAAACAUGCCAGUCCUCAACCAUCUUGUUUAUUUCUUCAGAUAGUGUGGAAUAUCUGUUAAAGAAAAGGGAUGCACUGGUACUUGACCUAUGUGAAGUUGUCUGAUUGUAAAUUAGUGUUGUGAUUGUCUGUACAUGUCUAGCAAUGUAAAUAAUAAUGCAUUUUUGCAAGCUGCUAUUUUUCUUCCUUAUUAUAUUUAUGAAUUUAAUCUGUGAAACAUGCAGCUGUGAUCCCAGUUUCAUAGUUACCAUCUGAAAUACCAUGAAUUUUAACAUGGUAACUCAUGAAAUAAAUCUGCUCACACCUGUAAACCAUAUAUAGCUCUUUUUUUUUUCAGUAUAGUGCAAGAUAACGUCACCAUAAAACCGAUGCUUAUCUCGAUAGGAAGAUUGACUUACAUGGGUUUCAGAUAACUAUAUCCCAGAAGGACUCAGGCAAUUUAUAAUGGGAUGUGGAGUUUUUUUACCUCUAGGUCACUGAGUCAGAUUGGUAAUGGCUGAAAGUUGUUGCUUUCUGAUUGAUGUUCAGUGGCCUAUGUGAAAUGAAUUCUUGGUCUUAGCACACUCUGUGUUAUGCAGGUACCUGCCUCUCAAAAUCUACCAUCCCACUAGAUGUCCUUGACAGCCAUUUAGAAACUCAACUCCCAUCUUGUGUCUAGGGGUUGUUCUUCCCAAUCAGGAAGGGGACACAUUGGGGAUGUGGGUGUAGAGUGCUCUGACUCUGCAGUAACCAGAGCUGUAAGCCUGGAACCUUUCACUAUGAACAGCCAACUCCCAUGAUUUUUUUCAGCAGGCCUUUUUUCCCCCCAGGGGUCCACAUCCCCUCAAUGUAUCUUUUGUGUCUCACCACAAAUUGUGUGUAUUUCAGUGUGUUGUUACACAGGUUGCUGUCCUAUGAUUUUCCUACUAAGGCUGUCUUAAUGAAGGGAUUAUAACUUUCAGAAGGUCAGCUCAUUUAAUUCAUAGCUUUAUCCAAUUCAAAUGAUCAGCAUGAUAUUUUAAUUUUUUAUAUAGUCACAAGCUGUUGGUUUUUUUAGCUUUUUCUGGCACUUAAUUUCCCUUUCUGUUCAUGAUGACUUGGCUGUUUCUCCCAUUGUGAUUUCAUUUGGGAAAGUACAAGAAUGUUUUUUAAGAGCCUGUUCCUCUAGCACAGUGGUUCCCAAACUUGUUCUGCCGCUUGUUCAGGGAAAGCCCCUGGCGGGCCGGGCCGGUUUGUUUACCUGCCGCAUCUGCAGGUU